AUGGCGGUGCCAAGAACUCUCAAGCUGGCUCGCCGAUUGGUACGGGAGAGGAAGCAAAUGGCGAACGACAUCUCUCAAACUGUCGUUAAGAAGUUGAAAGAGGAGAAAGCAGAUUCCAUUCUUUCCAUCUUCUAUGAGAGAGCUAAGACCUCCUUUUUCUUUGGUGGGACGCUCGUUUCACUUUCAUGUCUGGCAUACUGGGAGGGCAAAACGACGGAGCUCCUCACAGCUGCGCUUCUGGAGGAAAAUCUGUCAGGGAAACAGUAUGGAAGAGAACGAUUGAAGGCGUGA